GCGCCGUGAGAUGACGUCAAUUAGAAUGCGUCACCGGUGGCGUCUGUCAGGAGCAAGGAUGUCGCCGCCAACGCUCUUCAGCUUGCCGGAGGCGCGGUUGCGUUUCAUGAAUUCUACUCGAGAUGCACUAAAAAACAAAACCAUUAAGCCUUUAUUGAAUGCAUUCAGCCAGGUACCUGGAAGUGAAAAUGAAAAAAAGUUAACACUGGAUCAAGCUUUCCGAGUUGCUCUGGAAGAAGAAAUUAUAAAUAAAGCUUCUUGUGAAAAUGUCCUGGCUAUCAUUUCACUUGUUAUUAAUGGGGUCAUAGAAGGUAUUUGUACUGCAUCAACCCCUUUUGUGCUCUUGGGAGAUGUUUUGGAUUGCCUUCCUUUGGAUCAGUGUGACAGAAUUUUCACCUUUGUGGAAAAAAAUGUUACCACGUGGAAAUCGAACACGUUUUACUCUGCGGGAAAGAAUUAUUUACUGAGAAUGUGCAAUGAUCUUUUAAGAAGACUGUCAAAAUCACAAAAUACAGUAUUUUGUGGAAGAAUUCAGCUCUUCUUAGCCAGGUUAUUUCCUCUUUCAGAAAAGUCAGGGCUUAACUUGCAAAGUCAAUUUAAUUUGGAAAAUAUCACAGUUUUUAAUACCAGUGAGCAAGACAGCACCCUUGGACAGAAGCAUGCAGAGGAGAGAGAGGAAGGAAUGGAAGUGGAAGAAGGUGAAAUGGGAGAUGAUGAAGCUCCUACAAGUUGUUCCAUUCCAAUAGAUUAUAAUCUGUACAGAAAAUUUUGGUCACUUCAAGAUUAUUUCAGAAAUCCUGUGCAGUGCUAUGAAAAGGUCUCAUGGAAAAUAUUUCUUAAGUACUCAGAAGAAGUAUUAACUGUCUUUGAGAGCUACAAGUUGGAUGACACUCAGGCAUCAAGAAAAAAAUUAGAAGAGCUGAAAACUGGAGGAGAGCAUGUUUAUUUUGCAAAAUUUCUUACAAGUGAAAAGUUAAUGGAUUUACAGUUGAGUGACAGCAAUUUUCGCCGCCAUAUCCUAUUGCAGUAUUUAAUAUUAUUUCAGUAUUUAAAGGGGCAGGUAAAGUUUAAAAGUUCAAACUUUAUUCUGACUGAUGAACAGUCCCUGUGGAUUGAAGCUACCACAAAACAAGUUUACCAGCUUCUAUCAGAAAACCCACCUGAUGGAAAAAGGUUCUCCAAAAUGGUAGAGCAUAUAUUAAACACAGAAGAAAAUUGGAAUUCAUGGAAAAAUGAGGGCUGUCCAAGCUUUGUGAAAGAAAGACAGAGUGAUUCCAAGCCAGUGAGACCUUUUGUGCGAAAGAGACCAGCUCCUGAAGAUUUCUUAGGGAAAGGACCUAACAAAAAAAUUCUAAUGGGAAACGAAGAAUUAACUCGCCUCUGGAAUUUAUGCCCUGAUAACAUGGAAGCAUGUAAAUCUGAGAAUCGAGAAUAUAUGCCAACAUUGGAAGAGUUUUUUGAAGAAGCUAUAGAACAGGCAGAUCCUGAAAACAUGGUUGAUAAAGAAUUUAAGGUUGUGAAUAAUUCUAACUAUGGCUGGAGAGCAUUAAGACUAUUAGCAAGAAGAAGUCCUCACUUUUUUCAACCAACCAAUCAACAGUUUAAAAGUUUACCGGAAUAUCUUGAAAAUAUGGUCAUCAAAUUAGCUAAAGAAUUACCUCCUCCUUCUGAAGAAAUUAAAACAGGCGAGGAUGAAGAUGAGGAAGAUAAUGAUGCUUUAUUAAAAGAAAACAAUGAAAGUCCAGAUGUUCAACGGGAUAAGCUUGUAACAGGAGAACAAAUAGAAUUAUUUGCUAACAGACUUGGUGAAUAUUGGAAAGUCCUGGCUCCAUACCUGGAAAUGAAAGACUCUGAUAUAAGGCAGAUUGAAUCAGAUAGUGAAGAUCUGAAGAUGAGAGCUAAGCAGUUGCUUGUUACCUGGCAAGAUCAAGAAGGAAUCCACGCUACUAUGGAAAAUUUGAUUACUGCAUUGAACAAAGCUGGACUGAAUGACCUUUCUGAAAGCUUAUCCAAUGACAGUGAAAACAGCUAAUUUGAAAAUGGCUUUUUAUUUAAAACAAUGGCUAUUGUUCCCGAAUGUAAUAUUUGAUAGGGCAGUUUAAUUUGAUGAACAAUAAAUCUUUUAAUUACAUAAUUGUCUAAAAUUCUGCAAAGAAUUAGUACUAAACAAACAUUCCUCUGAAAUCCUUAAGAUGUGGAAAAGUAGAAAAUAUAUAUUCAUGUGUGUGCUAUAAAAGAGAUUUCUUUAAUAUAACUGAGUGUGUUUUAAGGGGUCAAUCUCAAAUUACAUUCAAGCACACAUUCCAUUUCUUUACUGAAGAGCUGGCAAAGGCAAUUGCUGUUUGUUUGCUAACAAGCUUUGUAUAUAGAAAAUCAACAAGGACUACAUUACAGUUAGGCUAUGAUUUUCAUAUAGUCUGUUAUAAUGGAGUACCUCCAAAUGAUGUUGAUAGCAGAACUGCAACUAAUAUUUAGUUUUGAUCAUUCUGGGUCAGGCUUUUUAAAAAAAAUCAGGCACAAUGCUGAUUUGAAAUGAAAAAGCAAAUUGGUUAACAUUGGGAUUCUGAUUGUAAUGUUUUGUAGUUUUUUAAAAAAGUGGCGUAUUGAAGAGGACACUGAUAUUCUUCUCAUUUGGCAAAUUGUGCUGUUUUUUGAUAGAACUCCCUGAAACUCAGGAGUAGUGAACCUAUCACUUAUGUCAAGUGUUCAGGUAAAUCUGUUUAAAAAGCAUUUUGUUGGAGGAAAAUAUUUCUAGGUGUUCUAGUUUGGCCUUGUGUUUAAGUGAAAUGAGCUGUAAAAGCACUCAACUUUUCACCCUAAUGUAAGCAUCUCGAUGCUGAAGAAAGACCAAUUACAUCCUACUUAAUUCACAGAAUUCUGUGGCUUUUUUUAUAAACUUAAUUCAGUGUAUAUUUCAAUUUGUUCAACUUCUGGAAGGAUAACUUCUGUCUACUACCCUGGUUAACUGCUGAAGUAGGUAAUGCUGAUGCAAAGAAAUUCAGUAUAAAGAACACACUGCAAAAAGCCCUCUUCUUUCAGUACUUUGGUUAUAACAUACUAUGUCUAUCUGUUGAUGGCAACUGUACUAUCUUUUAGAACCAUUAUUUUGAUAAAUGUCUGCUGGAUGACAUUGUAAUUGGAUCUUAAAAAAUUAAAUGCUAGUGGUUUUGAUCUCUA